AUGUCAAGUGAGAGGGGUCAUCAGCUGGAUGUCAUCAGCUUCAGCAGUGCCAUUUCAUCCGAGAUGGGUCAUACCUGGCAGUCAACGCUCGAAGUGCUUGUCACCAUGAGAUUUGCAAGUGUUCUGCCCAAUGUAUUUAGCUGUAGCGCAGCGAUGAGUUCAUUAGAGAAAGGCAACCAGUGGCAGCUUUCACUGACCAUGUUGGACAGCAUGGGCCUCCAGACGAUCCAAGCAAACACCGUCACUUUCAAUGCAGCAAUCAGCUCCUGCGAACAGGGGCACUGGCGUGAAACGUUGGUUCUAUUGGAGAAGAUGCAUUUGAGAAGCAUAGAGAAGGAUGUUGUAAGCUUCAGUGCAGCCAUCAGUUCUUGUGAGAAGGCCGGGCAAUGGCAAUGUGCCUUGAGUUUGCUUGAAGCUAUGCCCCGGAUAAGAAUACAUCCAAAUAUCAUCAGCUUUAGUGCCACUAUGAGUGCUUGCGCAGGUGCCAACCAAUUGGAAGCAGCACUCCGCUUGUUUCAAAUCUUGGCCGUGAAGAAGCUCCAACCCAAUGUCAUAACCUUUGGUGCGGUCAUCAAUGCAUGUGAGAAGGCUGGGCAAUGGCAAUUGGCCUUGAGCUUUCUUUCUGCUAUGUCCCAGACACGUGUGCGUCGGAAUGAAUUCAUUUACAACUCAGCCAUCAGUUCCUGUGAGAAGGGCGGGCACUGGCAGAUGGCUCUGGGCCUUUUCACCAUGAUUACUGAGAAAUCCCUUCAACCAGAUGUGAUCAGCUACAACGCGGUCAUCAGCACUUGCGAACUGACAGGUCACUGGUGCUUGGCCCUCCGACUGCUGCAGACCGCGGGACUCGUGACGACCGUCACGGCGGGUGCAGCACUGAGCGCCACGGUGCGGCGUGGAGAAUGGUCCUUGGCCGGGCAGUUGUUGGACGCCUUGGUGUUCGAGCACCGAGUGGACAUCUCCAGGGUUUGUUGGAAUGUGGCGCUGAGUUCCUGUGAGAAGGGGCACGGCUGGCAUCAUGCCUUGCAGAUCUUGGACACCUUGGACCAAGAUUCAACGGGACCCGAUCUCAUCAGCUACAACGCAGCUAUUGCGUCCUGCGAAAGCGUGAUGCGUGCUUGGCCGCAUGUGCUUGGCUUAUUCCAUCAAAUGUCGAUCUCAGAAGUCCAGCCGGACGUUCUCACUCACAGCUCCGUGAUCACGUCCUUCGUCGAGCGCGCGAGCGAGAGCAGACGCGGAUCACGUCCUCCGCUUCAAAGCGUGCGGAGAAGUCUCGAGGCGAUGGAGACGAAGGCCCGGAUGCAGAAGGUGCAAGAGUAUGUCCGGGCGGUGGAAGCGGGGUAUCAUCGCGCGAACCCCUAUCACAACAAUGCACAUGCUGCAGAGGUCACCUUGAUGACCUAUCAGAUUUGGUCCUACCUCUCGGCCGGUUCCUUCAAGGGCUAUUUCGAGCAGGUGGAUCUCCUGGUGGUCUUACUCGCCGCGGCCAUCCAUGAUAUUGGGCAUCCGGCCACCAACAAUGACUUUUUGGUGAAGACCAAGACGGAACUCGCCUUGCGCUACCACGACACGGCAGUGCUGGAGAACUUCCACUUGGCCACCGCCUUCGAGCUGAUGCGCUCCAGGAGCGUCUCGAUGUUGGACCACAACUUGCCCUCGCCACCCGUGACGUCCUUGCGGCGUCGCAUCGUGGAGAUCGUCCUGGCGACUGACAUGGCGGUCCACAAGAAGCAAGUGGACGAGAUGGUUCGCUUGGUGGAGCGGAACGUGAACCGCCAGGAGAUUGACAAACGAACGCUGGAGCAGUAUAUUGUCCACACAGCGGAUGUGGGACAUCCCUUUCGGCCUGUGCCACAACACCACGAAUGGGCCAGACGAGUGAAUGAGGAGUUCCUGGCGCAAGGUGAUCGCGAGAAGGAACUGGGUUUCACCCCGAUCGAGAUGUUUGAUCGAGACAAGGCACCGCCUCUGCCAAAGAAUCAGCUGGGCUUUUUGCAAUUCGUAAUCCAACCGCUAUGGAAGCCUAUGGAGGCAUUGCUGGAUAGCAAGGCGCGCCCUGCCAGCCUCUUCCUCCAUCGGAACAUCAAGGUUUGGCAGGAGGAGCUCGAGCCUGAGGCUUGA